CUGCGUUUUCUCAAGUAAUAUUUGCUAAAAAUGAGGGCAGAAAAGCUGCUACGUGGCGACUGCGACGGCCCGCACCGUGAGCGUGUCCCGGAUACGUCCGGCUCGCUGGGGACGGUGUUCUCGGUGGCGGCGGCUCUCGUGUCGGUCGUGUCGCUGGUCGCCGUCGUGCAGGACAGGUCGCUCGUCACAAGUCUUCAGAUCGAGGUAUCUUCCCUCAAGAUCCAGGUAUCUUCGCUUCAAAUCCAGGUGGAAGUCGAACAGGAACAAAAGAGCCGCACUGAAAUUGUGGUAACGUCUCUCCAGUCCCAGCUCGACCAAGAGAAAAGUGAGGUUCUGGACCUUAAAGAACGACUUCUAAUCUUAGAGGAGGAGAAAAUGGACUCUGGUUCCUUACAGGAACAUCUACAAAGGUUCGAGACCCAGGUCCAAGACGGGGGCGAUCUUGAGCAAAACUUCAGCACAAAUGAAGAGUCGGAGUUUUCGGACAGUGUUGUUGAUGAAGUUGAUCAAGAUCAUAAUACAUCAUAUUCUGACACCCCCUGGCAACUUGAGGAUGAACUGCACGACAGAACAAAGAGAUCAAGUGGGUGCACUGUAGGGUGCAAAGGACAGAAGGGGGAUCAGGGAUUGAGAGGAGUAAGGGGAUUGAGAGGACCAAGGGGAUGGAGAGGCCUGAGAGGGCCGUGGGGAGUGAAGGGAGCAAAGGGCAGUCCAGCCGGCCCUAGGGGUUACCGUGGCUACUCAGGCUCUAAGGGACAGAAGGGUGAUCGCGGACUGACCGGUCCUUCUAUUCAAGGUCAGAAGGGUGACCGUGGCCUGACAGGUUACCGUGGCUACCCUGGAUCCAAGGGUCAGAAAGGUGACCGUGGUUUGACCGGUACAUCUAUCCAGGGACCCAAGGGUGAUCGUGGUUACUCCGGCUCAAAGGGACAGAAAGGUGACCGCGGCCUGACCGGUACAUCUAUCCAGGGACCGAAGGGUGACCGUGGCCCAGUCGGUCCUAAAGGUGACCAUGGCUCUGCAGGCUCCAAGGGACAGAAGGGUGCCAUAGGUCUCACUGGUCCUGCUCCACAGACAUACAUCCGGCGAUGUGAAGUUGGAAAGGUGGAUAGUGGAUCUGGAGGUGAGCAUAUUCUCCACAGCACUGCCAGAGCCUGGCGACAAGUGUGCAAACACUACCACUUCAGAAGUCCCUUUCAUGUCGCACCAAUCGUUCAUCUCAGCUCUAUCCUCGAGGACAGCUUUGCUGGAGGGCAUAGGAUAGAACUAACUGUCAAACGACGUACAGAACGCUAUGUGGAAGUUUGCAUGGCAACUUGGUGGGAUUCCCGAUGGCAUCAGGUAAUUGUGUCUAUCUUAGCUUGUGCCUGAAUGAAGAUUAAAUAUUCUAAAACUGGCCAUGUCAACCGAUCACUUUUACAUUCUGUGCGAUUACUACAGGAUUUGUCUGAAGUUGAAACAUCAAACAGGAAAUACAUGCCUCUGACAAAGAGAUUACCUUUUGUACUGUUUGUAAACAAUUGUGAUGCAAGAAGCAAUACAUUUAUUUCUUUAGUUUUUGAUAAGUCUUAACUGAUCUUAAGACUGUCAUCCCAUUAGCAGGUUCCUUUGUUUUCAUUUUUCUUUAUGGGCUUGAUUCUGUCAUGAUGUUUUUAAGAAAGAAGUGAUUCAUUAUCGGGUCUUCAGCAUAUUCCUUUUCAAAUGCCGCUUUUUGGUGGUUAGUUACUAAUAGUUAGCAUGUAACUAAAGAAGGCAAUGAGCAGUAAUAGGUGGAUUUUCAUGACAUUGUCCUUACAAAUAGAUUAAAAAGGUAUGCAUGUUGAAUGUAAUUUUUUAAAGCUUUUCUUUGCUAUGGUUUUUAAUUUGUAAAGUCUUGUCUGUAGUAUAUUUUGGUAUUUUCACUGGUUUCCUGAGAUGAUGUAAAAUUGUGAAUGUUAGUGUUACAUUAUUCAUUGCCAAUCUAGUAUAUAUGCAUAUUCACAAGACUAUCCAUG